AUGAGGAUCGAGUUUGGGUUUUUAUACGUUCUAUGCUUUAGUGGUCCUGUGUUUACGAGGGCCUCUCGUAAAGGUAAAGCAUUGUGUCUUUGGUCGAACACUUCCAAAAGUUCUUUGGCAUUCCCCAGGUUUGCCCUUGUGAUCCACUCGUCCGCCGAGCUCGGAUACCCUUUCCAGUGUACCAAGUAUUGGUAUCCCCGUCCUCGUUUCCUUUUGUCGAGGAUAUCUUCCACUUCGUAUUCUUCCUGUCCUUCGAUCAGGUCAGGUGGUGGCUGUUCGAAGUUGGGUCCGUGGGCUAUUGUUUCUUUGUAUGGUGUAAGUAGGGAGGCGUGGAACAUGGGGUGUAUCUUCCAUGUCGGCGGAAGCUUCAGUCGAUACGUAAUUGGCCCUAGCUUCUCUUCUAUUUGGAAUGGUCUGUGUAGUUUAGGGGCUAGUUUGUCCUUUGGGUGUGUGGUGGUAAUGUUUUUUCCCGAGAGCCAAACUUUCUGUCCUACUUCUAGUUUAACUUCGUUCUCGGUGGUUUUUCUUUUCAUUAGUUCUGCCGCAACCUCCAAGCUGGCCUUCGUUUCUUUUCGAAGCUGUUCUAGCUUUUCCAGUCUUAGCUCCACUCCAGGGAUGCCGGACCUUGGUGUGAUUUGGGGUACGAAGGUCAGAUUGUAG